AUCUGCUUCCUUGUCUCCAAUAAAGGAGAACUGUGCUGGCGUGGAUAUUCCUUCCCCAGGUUCAGGACCGGGUACAGCCAACUUUCGUCUUCCCUCUACGCCGACGCGCAACAAUGGCAACAACAACUGUCACCGCAACCACCUUGUCUGAGACUCUCCAGGAUUAUCACAUCCAUCUAACUGGCGCCGAUGAUCCUCCUCCUCCAGUGCAAGUAACAGCGCGACAGUCGCGAGCACAGAAUCCACCAAACUGGCCCCAGAACUACCGCCGUGUGCCGCCAUACCGUCCUAUUAAUCGGCAUCUUGAUCCCACUGAGCGACCGAACGGAGCAAGUACCGGCGAGUACAUUUUCGUCAACGUGAUGCUGAAUGGAGUGCGCAUCAACUCGUUCUUGGUGACUACGUACGAAAAGUCGCUUGGGAAGAUCUAUCCUCGGCUGACGAGGUAUGACAUUGGAGGUGAAUGGUAACUGGAAUUGCUACAAAGGGGCCAUCAUAUUCAAACAAGAACAAUAAUUGUACUUUUUGUUGCACUCUUAUCCCAACAAGCGUAGUUGUACAAAUGUCGCAUGCACCGGAAUGGAG